GCAGUAACGGCGGGCUAAUGUAUGGAACUCGCUCAAAUCUGAGACUGAAACCCUUCCUCUCUGUCACUGACUGAUUUGUCUGCUUCACGAGGAGGAGGAGCAAGCCAUCUGGGCUAACAUAGAAAAAUAAAAUGGGUUUUUCGGUAGGAUUUGUUAUUGGAUUUGUUGGAGUUUUAAUUCUCUUUCAUGCCGCUUAUUCAACUACUCAAUAUAAGGGUUUGUUGAAGAUUACAGAGGAUGACUUUUCUGGACCUCCUUUCAAUGUGGUGGUGGAGUUGAUUGUGGGGCUGGUUUUGUGUACGUGGGCAGCCAUAACUGUGCCUGGCAUCUUUCUCUCUAUUCAUCCUCAUUCUGAUGACAAUAGGAUGGUUUCUUUGCCAGACAACCUGGAUUUCAUAAUCUUCAACCAUCGUGGAAAAGUACUUGUUCCAGAAAUCAACAUGAAAUCUGAACAUUAAGGUCAUUAAAGCAAUGGAAGAUUCAUUUCCAACAUAUUUGAGUAGGCUAUUGUUUCUCAAUCAAAUUAGCACUCCGAAAGAGAAGCUCAUCAACUCAACAGGGCUACUGUCAAGGUUUUAGGAUUACAUAAUUAUGAUCGUCCCUUUGGAUUUGUAUUGGUCUUAUAUUCAUCAUCACUGUUCAUCAUGGUCAUGUAACUUGAACUGGGUUAUCUGUUUUGCAUCUUUAGCAUUUGAGUUUUGUAUUUGGAUCUGAGCAGGGCCUUUUUGUGGUGCCCUGACUUCACUUUUAUGUGUUAAUGAUCAGUCCAAUUACACUGGAGUUUUUACUAGGGUGAUA